AUGUUUCCGUUAAUUUUGUUAGUAGCAGUCAAUGCACAAAACUCUUCUACCAUACUUUGCCCAGAAGGUUGUGCAACAGGAUGUUUAACAGAUAAUACAUGUCGAAGGUGUAGUGUUGGAUAUGACAAUGACAACUCUUGUAUGAAUUGUGAAUGGUACAAUAGAAACUUAAAUAUGAAGACCAUUUAUUUGAAAAACGAUUCAAAAUGCGUCAAAUUUGAUUCUUUGAUAUUGAAAGACUCUUGGUUACCCCCAGAAGAGUUCAUCACUGAAAUACAAAUUGAUGAACCAAUUGUUUUUGACUUGGAUGAGUCAAGUGACAUAGACACAGGUUUUUGUUUUUAUAAGAAUAAAUAUCGAUUUGGUAAGUGGUUCAAAUUGUUAUACAACGUCAAGAAUUCUUCUCACGUCAGGUUUGAUAUUUCACAAAUCGGUUCUGAAAAUACUGUGGUGACCAUAGACGUCACCAAUUCUGCAAGAGAGCAAAAUAGUGAUUGUUACGCACACACGGUUUCUAACGUAAAUACAAAUUCAAAGAGAUUGCAUGUUCCAGUCGUAUCACCAUACAAAGAUGAUCCCCAAAGAAAUAUGGACGACUUCUAUUUUUAUAUAUUUGUUCAUCUUGGGCAGUUUUCAAAAGUUACAAUUGAGUUGAAUGCCAAAGUCCAAAAUGGUCGAUCUGUUUCUUCAAGGUUUAAUUUAACACUUAACAACACUAAGUAUUUAACAGAGCAUCCCGGAGAGUUUAUUACAUGGGAUGUUCCCCUUGAAGAAUAUGGAACGUUAACACAACCCAUUUGUUACUCAACUUAUAGAAUGAAGUAUAUUGCGUUCAAUGUUGAAUUCAAUGGAACUGGGAAAUUGUUGAUUGAUGCAACUGUCGAUGGAAAGAUGAACUAUUUACAGGAGUAUGAUAUGAUAUUUGAACAACAAAGCGACUUGAAAUGUGUCCAGGGGUGGAGCGGAAGACGUCAUGGAGUAUUAAGUGAAGACGCAAAGGCUGGUGCGUUUGUUACAAUUGACGCAAAUGAAAAUGUCGAGAGACACUUUGCUUUUAUUUCCGAGGAUCAACGAAGUAAUUUUGUUGUAAAGUUCUCUGUAAUAUGCCCUGAAAAUUGUAAUUAUGAAAAUGGACUUGGUACAUGUUCUCCAAGCGAAGGGAAGUGUCGGUGUAAAAAAGGUUAUGGAGGGUCUAAUUGUCACAAAUUGUGUUACUAUGAUAAUAACUGGCAGAUCUCUCCAAAUGAUAAUUUGUGUUACUUUGGGUCUGAAAAAUGUGAUGAAUAUUGUAAUUGCGAAGAAGGAACAGUUUUUGUUGAUCAUAGAUGUUUAUCAGAAGAAUGUGCGAGUGGGAGCAUUGGAAUUAACGAUGAGUGUAGUGCCAAAAGUGAAGGAUGCACUCCAACAUGCAAAUGUGAUUCUUCAAGAGGGUUUCACAUGUCAUCAAGUGGUAUUUGUUUGUCAAAUCUAUGUGGAUUUGUAACGGAUCCAGAAAGUAAAAACAGUUGUAUUCCCAAAGGAAUUUCAGCCGAAAUUAUAGCUGUUAUUGUUGUAUUAAGCAGUGUGUUUGGACUUGCGUUUUUAAUAACCUUAACAAUUCUGUUGUUCUUUGUAAUACAAUAUAAAAAGACAGACAUCGAAUUAUUUAAACAACAACAACCAACAUACCAUUUUUAUAUAACUGGGUCUCUAAAUAAGACACCUUCAGUUGAAAAUCGAUACCUAAUAGAUCCCAUAACAUUAGACUUUGGAAAAGGCACUGAAGCAACUGCUAUAAUGGAUACGCGUUUCCAGAGAAUUGAUUUAAGAAACAUGAGUAAGAACAAAUACAUGAUGAUCAUAUUUCACACACCAAAUAGUCCAAAAUACAAUUUCCAUUUUGAUCCUCAAGUUGUGAUAAUAAGACCAAGAAGUGGGACGAGAACAAUAACAUGUUAUAUGACGAUAUACUGUACAACUAAAUUGCGUGGUAUGAAGAUCCCAUACACUGUUUGGUUUUCUCAAAGUCGAAGAACUCUCAACGAAUUAUCCAUGUUGUUGAAAGACAAAAACUUUGAUGAGUGGACAAAUGAACAACAAAAACAUUUCGAAAAGCUUUCUAAAACAGUCUUAAAACGGUUCCACCACUAUUUUACAAUUUCCACGGAUGCUGCAAGUUCAACACAUAUUGAUAUGGACGAGUUAAACAUGUCAGAUAAGCCAAUAGCAGAAGGAGCGAUGGGACGAGUGUAUAUGGGGAGUUACUGA